AUGAAAUUCGCAGCCAUUGCCAUCCUCGUCGUUUCCGUUUGCAUUCACUCUGUUUUCAGUGUGCAUCCACAUCCAGGGUGCUCAAAAUGCCAUUGUAAACGUCCUUUCGAGGAGUACCAAGUAUGUGGAACGAGCUGUCCCAAGACCUGCGAUAACCUGCUGGGAGGAGUGUGCGCCACAGUUUGCGUUCCCGGAUGCUUCUGUAAGGAAGGAUACGUUCGUAACCCGGCGGGAUUCUGUGUGCGUCCUGAGCAAUGUCCUUGCGCCACCACGACCACACCGGAGCCAACUACCACUACCGAGCCUUGCACCACUCCCUAUUGUAAACGUCCUUUCGAGGAGUACCAAGAAUGUGGAACGAGCUGUCCUAAGACCUGCGAUAACCUGCUGGGAGGAGUGUGCGCCACAGUUUGCGUUCCGGGAUGCUUCUGUAAGGAAGGAUACGUUCGCAACCAUAAGGGAUUCUGUGUGCUUCCUGAGCAAUGUCCUUGCGCUACCACAACUACACCGGAACCAACCACUACCACUGAACCUUGCACUACGACCACACCGGAGCCAUGCACCACACGCUGCCCGAAUGCACAAUCAAUUCAUCAGUUCGGAUCCUGUGUCGCUCCUGUCAAUCAAGUCAACAUGAAAUUCGCAGCCAUUGCCAUCCUCGUUGCUUCCGUUUGCAUUCUUUCAGUUUUCAGUUUGCCACCACCACCUGGCUGCCGAAAAUGCCAUUGUAAACUACCUUUCGAGGAGUACCAAGUAUGUGGAACGGGCUGUUCCAAGACCUGCGACAAUCUUCUGGGAGGAGUGUGCGCCACAGUUUGCGUUCCGGGAUGCUUCUGUAAGGAAGGAUACGUCCGCAACCGUGAGGGAUUCUGUGUGCUUCCUGAGCAAUGUCCUUGCGCCACCACCACUACUCCGGAGCCAACCACUACUACUGAGCCUUGCACUACGACCACACCGGAGCCAACCACCACUACCGAGCCUUGUACCACACCAUGCCCGAAAGCGGUUUAA